GUGGGAGGGCACAGUGAGAAUACCGUCCCUGCUGCAGAUCAGGAAGUGAAGCCAGAUCACCUGAAGCUGCCUUACCUGAAGCAGGUGAGUCGUCUACCUGGUGAGAUAGCUCUCUGUGCUUAAAUACACUUCAUAGAGGUAAAUCCACUGUCAAUUUUACACCAUUGUAAUUGAAGGGAGGAAAGGAAAUGUGAAGGACAUUUUUGAACAGUGUGUAUUCUUCUCUAAGUAUAUAGUCGCUGCAGUUCUUUGGGUUAUUGGGUUAAACCACGUACGUUUACUUAUGCCACUGUGUGUCAGAAAACGGCAUGUAUGUCAGUGUGUGUGUGUCUGUGUGUCAGUGUGAUCUCUGUGGCAGAUUCCUUACAGCACGCGUCUCUUCAAAUCAGUUCCGUCUCAGUUCCCAAGCCCUCAAUCACUUCAGACUGUGUGGUCUAUGUUUUUUUUUUUAUGGUAGAAAAAAAAAAGAAAAAAGGAAAGAUGGAACUUGCAAUCACUUCAGAUCUGUCUCAGAGUACAGUAUACCUCAAUCUCUUCAGCGUAUAUGGUCUUGUGUUGUCUUUCGCAGGAGCAAAAAAGAAAAAACAGAAAGGAAAGAAAGAAGAAGAGAUCUGAGCAAUCAUGUCAGAGACAGCAGAAGCCGCGGCGGCGCUGACCACCAACCGUAACUGCACCGUUGAGAUCACCAACCUCAGCACUUACUUCUGCCUCGUCAACCCUAAGGUACACAUGGAGAGUGGCUUCAACUUCAGCCCCCCGCAGCCGACGGUGCGCACCACCAAGACCGAGGUGUGCUCCUUCACCAAGGACGACAACACGGCCACGGGCGCCGUGGGCGUGCUCACCUACGAGCUCUUCCACAUGCACAACCGCCACUGCAACGAGCAGGUGGCCGUCAUGUUCUCCGUGCCCUUCGACUACCGCUUCUACAAGAACUGGCUGGGCGUGGGCGUCUUCGAACACACGCGCACCAACGACGAAGCCCUGUACAAGCACAUGUACUACGAGAAGGACUUCACCAACUUCAAGCGACACGAGGCCACCGGCGGAGGCAUUGUGUACAACGGCCGCGCCGUGGACGUCAUGGCGACCAUGUCCGACAACGGCCGCGCCAUCGUCAAGCUGGAGGUGUUCGAUAAAAUGGGAUAGGGUGGAGGAAGUGGAAUAUAAUGGGAGAUCAUGACGAGUUAAAGUGGGAUAUAAUGGGAUUAGAUCGGAUGUGAGAGGAUUGGAUUAGAUCGGAUGUGAGGGGAUGGGAUUAGAUCGGAUGUGAGAGGAUUGGGAUUAGAUCGGAUGUGGGAGGAUGUAAUGAGGUUAUGCAGGGGAUGCACAAAACAUGAAAAGCAGAAGAAAAAGCCUGUCUACACAGAGAGUUCACGGAGAGCAGAUUUUCAAGAUGGUAUGCAUGACAUCGCAGCCUUUAUAAGAUUUCAUGACGAAAAAGAAACAAAUAAAUGUAU